AUGCCGUGUAUGUUGAGUCUGAUCACUAGAAUGGAGCACCAUCUCUGUGUGAGGUGCCUGCAAGCUCACCACUGCCGCUUUGUUGCCAAGAGCUGCAGCUUUUAUGACUUGCCACCGGGCAGGCUACGGGCUGGGGCCCAGCGUGCGGGCCGGCCUGCGGAGGCGAGCCGUGGGGGCCGCCAUCUUCCCGACGGGGUCACCUCGCCACCCAGGAAGUGGUUCUCCAGGAGCUCCCGGAGAUGCCGGCCUGCGCGGGCCCCGCCGAGCGCUGGUGGCUGGGCCAGGGCCCGCCGCAGGUGCUUCUCCGGAACCACGGGGCCGCCCCGUCGUGCCGGGAGGCCUUCCGCACGCCCCGGGAGAGGGCGCGGCCCGCUUCCCCUCGGUGACGUGCCGUGCGGACCCACAUCGUGGCGGGGACACAGGAGCGCACAGAGAGUGAUUCGUCUCCACGAGUGUGAGGACACUGCCCUGACCCGCUCCGCAGGGAGGGAUCGGGAUCGGAUGACUGUGCCCCGUGCAUCAAACACCUCCAGAGAUCAGAUGAGAGAAGAAAACAAUGGCACAUUGGACGGUAUGCAGAUGAGAGAGAGCAAGCAAUAUGAAAAUUCACCACCCUGGAAAAGUGACAAAUCUUUCAGAUUACAUUUCACACAUGCUGUCCAGCAUGCCACGUUAGAGCAAUGGAGGCCCCUGCCAGCCACAGGAUCCACGGCUGCCUGCAAAUAUAUUGAUGAUCUGCUUUAAAGCAUAGAGUGAUUUUUGUGAUUUUCAAGAACUUAUUAUAAAAUACGAAGUGGAAACGUAACCAUAUGGAGGACACUCAAGCAUAGGAGCUUCUUCUGAAGAUGGUUGACAAACCAGAUUUGUUGACAAGCGCAAUCUCGAAUGGCACUCUGGUGUCAUUUCCUUGAGACUGGCACAUUG